GAUUUGGCUGCUCAUGGCGUGCUGAGAAAAGGCAACGCUGCCCUUUUCGUUGAGUAUGACGGGUAUUAUCGUCACCUGGAGCCGGCUGGCCUGGUUGGGGACAUGCGUAAGACGGAAGCCCUUCUCCGAUUUGCACCUGCAGGAUCUGUAGUGGUUCGCAUUGCGCAUGAGCAGCGCGACUGGGAGGAAAAGUCUGUAGAUGUGGUGGUGGACUGCUGGCCGACUGGGCAUGGGCCCUCCGUGCUCAAGGCUGGCUUCACGCCUCGAGAACAUGUCUACAGAAUGG